AUGAUGAUGUCACAAUCAAAUGAUACUACCAGUCCAUCCCGUUCUUCCUCCCUUUCCAGCCUGGACCGAGAGACUUCAACAACAUCAUCCGUAUCGGCACCCAUUGAAAUACAAUGUGUGGAUCCAGUCAUUGCGUCCAUCUUCCAACCAGGAUUUGCCUCCAACUAUGAUCACGAAGAUCAUAUCAACAAUUCCGAACAUGAUCAUCACAUAUGGCUCCACCAAGGAGAAAAGGAAAAUGGCCUCCCUGACAACAUUGAAUACGUCAUCAUGGACGAACCAGGAGAAGAAAUCCCCACAAUAACGCGCAAGAGGAGCCGUGUCAGUUUCCUUCACAGACCCCAUUUGGCUACAAAUGCCAAAAAUUGCCACCACCCUACUAGUACUACUGAUACUAGUCCCAAGGUAGUCCAAUUGUCGGAGCAUGGUACACACUAUGGCAAGGCACAGAUACUAGCUUGGAGAACUCAACGAGCUUCCAAAGCAGCCCUUCGCAAAGCGCUGCAACUUCCCAAGAAACACAGCCCCAGGGCCAAGGCAGUCGCGUUGAAGUCGGUCGAGGUGGUCAAGGAAGUUUCAAUCAAAUCCGUGGAACUGGCCCUCAAACACAGUCCGAUCAAUUGUCAUCACAACAACAAUAACAACAGCAGUAACAACAACAACAGCAACAAGACGAAACUUUAG